AUGACAAUAAUCAUGGGUGAUCUGAACGCGAAGAUUGGAAGAGGAAAAUGCGGCGAACUCAUAGGUGGAUUCAGUUUGGGAUCAAGGAAUGAAUGCGGUGAUAGAUUAAAGCUCUUCGGCGAAGAAGAAUAUACUUUCUCUGUCGCUGACAUCGAAUCGGAUCAUUCCCUUUUGGCAGGAAUAUUUAGAAUCAAACUGAAGACUGUCCAAAAGAAAACAGUUCGCAAGCAAUGGGAUAUGAGAAGGCUGAAAGAGGAGGAAACACGGAAGAGAGUGACAAACGUACUGACAGAGAAAUUUAAACAACUAGAGGAAGUAGAUAACACAGAGGAAUGGCUGCAAAAAAUGUCUGAUUCGUUCGGGGAUAUCGGAAACGAGCAUUUGGUCGCAAACAGAGAAAAAAAGAAAAGCUGCAUGACCGAUUAUAUUCUACAACUUAUGGAAGACAGACGUAAAGCGAAAAACAACGACGCGAGGGACGUCAGUUGCGAUGUGUCUGCCUGCUUCAUCGACUACCAGAAAGCCUUUGAUAACGUGCAACACAACAAGCUUAUUGAAAUUCUAAAGGAGAUCGGAUUGGGCGAAAAAGACCUACGAAUAAUUGCCAACUUGUACUGGCAACAAACCGCAUCUGUGCGUAUCGAAGGAGAGGAGUCGAAAGAUACUUUGACAGAAAGAGGGGUCUGUCAGGGCUGUGUGCUGUCGCCUCUACUUUUUAACGUAUACUUGGAACGAAUUUUUCACGAGGCUCUGGAAGACACGAACAACAUACGAUACGCAGAUGACACGGUAGUGUUUGCUAAUAACCUAGAGAGUCUCCAAGAGAUGAUGGUUCGGGUGGUCCAGCUGAUUCUGCAGGGCAAUGUGGAAGGCAGGAGGAGGCCUGGUAGACGAAGGAUGUUGAAGAACUUGCGUACAUGGUUCAAUACUACAACAGUAGGCCUUUUUCGUGCAGCAGUUGACAAAGUACGCAUUGCCAUGAUGAUCGCCAAUAUUCGUAACGCAUAG